AUGGCGAUCAAUGCUCUCAAGGACCUCUCGGCAGCGUUCAACCUUCUAAGAGUGGCCACUCCGCAGCCUACUUGGCUGCACAAGCGGUCGAAGUAUCAUGGCCUGCCAGAUCAGACGAUGGUGCCCAUGCACGAGGUUGCGAAGCGGCGUCGGACGCUCGGCAGCCCAGUGGACCAGGAGAAGAAGAUACAGUCCCAGUGGACGUGGACGACGCACAAGGACAUCCCGCCGACGCUCCUGCCGUUCUACCAGGAGGCCAGCUCCUGGCGCCGCCUCAACGGAGAAUGCACUCCGACGUUCUACGAGGUUAAGUUCACGAUGAAGGCGUUUCGUGAUGAGAAAGAUUUGAAUGGAUCGAACUCGGCGAUCAGGAUGGGGGAGGCCGCCAAGCGCUGCACGGAGUGGCUGUUAGCAACGUUGUUCGAUCAGUGGGGCUCAAAGAAGUUCAAGACUCUGCAGCUUGCAAUGUUUGCAGACGCUGGAGAUGAGCACUAUCACUUGAUGAGGCACCUAGACUACGAGAGGUUCCCGGCUGACGACCUGUCCUUCAACGCGAGCGCGUUCGUCGCACGCGCUGGCGUACGUGCGUUGGACUGUCCAAACGGCGCGGCCCCAGCUGUGCAGACGAGAUGCCUCAAACGCAUGAUGAAUUGGGUCGCGGCAGUCGUGCAGACGCUCCGGGCGGAGUUCCCCAGCUUCGAGGCGAUCCAGGCGUGGGGCGUCUUCAAUGUCGCGCAGCAUGACAGGGGCAUGGGCGCGCGCGCCGAGAACUCAGCCAACGCCCAGCGCCACAGGCAGAUGGAGCGCUUGAUCGAAGCCUUCAAGGCGGAGGCGACCUCGGACGAGCUGGUGGGGGAGAUGGAGUCCGUGCGUCAUUUGGUGGCACGCGUGGCCGCGGAGAAUUCGAUGUGGUUGUGGAUGCUUGCGGGUGGAUCCACGAGCGGGGUCGAGCAGUCCUUCGGGAAGGGCUACAACCGCCCCGUCGCCUCCCUGGGCAACGGCGCUUGUUGCGACCGCAUGGAGAUCAUCGAGCUCGGGAAGGGCGACAUACCUCAGGUGCUGCACCGAGCUGCGGGCAUCUGGAGCGACACCGGCAGUGGAAACAGGCAGCAGCGAAGCGAUGUUGGCGGGCAGCAUUUGCGUGCCCGGAACGAGGGCUGCGAGGGCUGCUGGCGGCAGGAGCGGCAGCUCGACGCAGCGGCGAGCCCAGGUCAACUGAAGUCCGUCCGCGCCGUGGAUCCAGAUGCGAUGUUGCAGCUUGAGACGUGGACAAGGAGGUGCGUGAGCGACCGCGUCGAGGCAGGCACCGGUCCAGUAGUUGUUUACAAGGCAGCGCUGUCAUCGCAGAGGCUAGUCUACAUGACCGACGCCUUCCUGGAUGAAUAUCUGCGGAUCGCCACUUUGAUGGUCGAUCGAGCGGGUGGUUACAUUUGGCAAGUGGAAGUUCACUAA